ACCUCACCUUACCUACAGCCCAUCCACCAACACAAUCAUCUCAACCCACGCCAUCAUGGACAAAGUUUCAGCGUUUGGCAAGAAUUUCACGGCCUCUUUCACUCCUUUUGCGGCGCGUACGCAACAGUUUGUGAAGGAGCAGCUUGGCCAGGCCGAGGAUAAGACUCAACUUCCCCCGGAUUACAUUGAGCUGGAGAAAAGGGUCGAUGCCUUGAAGCAGGUUCACCAGAAGAUGCUGCAGGUUACAUCUCAGUAUUCUAACGAAGCGUAUGACUACCCGAAUAACAUCAAAGAGUCCUUCAGCGACCUUAGUCGUACUGUCAGCGAGAAAGUACACCUCCUUACAACUGCGACAUCGCCAGCCGAGGCUCAGGCUGCCCUCACAGCUCCUCCAUCAGCCAAGCCGCAACCAAAAACUUUCAGCCAUGCCAUUGCGCGUGCUAGCUUGGCAAGCAGCCAGCUGCUUCAACAACAGCAUUCGGGAGCUGGCGAAGACCCUCUUGCAACAGCCCUCGAGAAGUAUGCUCUAGCCAGCGAGCGUGUUGGCGAAGCCAGACUCGCCCAGGAUUCUCAGAUACAAAGCCGAUUCCUCGCAGGGUGGAGUACAACGUUAAAUACGAAUCUAAUGUUCGCGACUCGCGCUAGAAAGAGUGUCGAGAAUUCGAGACUGUUGCUCGAUGCCGCUAAAGCGAAAUCCAAGGGCUCCGGCUGGCAUCUGCCAGGACAAGCAGGCGCACGAGGAGACGGUCGUGAUGAUGAGGCUGCGACAGAGGAAGCCAGAGUCGAGAUUGAACAGGCCGAAGAUGAAUUUGUUGGUCAAACAGAGGAAGCUGUUGGCGUUAUGAAGAAUGUCCUUGAUACUCCUGAACCACUCCGAAAUCUCGCGGAUUUGAUCGCGGCACAGCUUGAAUACCAUAAGAAGGCAUACGAGAUCCUGAGCGAGCUAGCACCUGUCGUUGAUGGUCUACAGGUUGAGCAAGAGGUACAGCGCUCUAAGGACUUCUCUGCAUAACGGGUUGCUGAUGAAGCAUUUUGCAGGCCAGCUACCGCAAAAGCCGUGACGGGACUGCUUAAUUGGCAUGACUCUGACUGAUUGGGUCACAGG